UUCAGUAUAACCCUGUUGAGGGGACAGCAGGACGCUGGGAGGGGGAUGACUUCCUGGAGGUUGAAGACAAAGAUGAAUUUGAACUGGCCUUCAAGAAUGAGGGAUUUGAUGACUCUGAGAGUGUUGGUCCGCAGAGUGUUGGUAGGCUGGACAAAGAGGCUCGCCGUCUGGGGCGGAGCCUGGUCCGGACUGGGGAUGAUGAGGAUGAGGAUGAUGAGGAUGAUGGUGAUGAUGACAUGACGGAUCUGGACACUUCCACCAUCACCUUCACUCCGCUGCUCAGUCGGUGUAGGCCACUGGCCAGAAGUAUUAUUGCAGAAUUGCCCAAAGUCCAGAGUUUCCAGGUGAAUGUAAACAUCCUGGAGGCUCAGAAACUGGUUGGAGUCAACAUCAACCCUGCAGUUUUCCUCAGAGUGGGGAAUCAGAAAAAACACACAGCGACACAGAAAUCUACCAACUGCCCCUUCUAUAACGAGAACUUCCUGUUUGAGUUUUACGACACUCCACAAACCCUCUUUGAUAAAGUCAUAGAGAUAAAGGUGGUGCACAGGCGGAUGUUGGCCUUCCUGAUGACCCACAUUGGAACAUUUAAGAUUGACAUCGCCACCGUGUACAAUCAGCCAGACCACCGUUUCUACCAGAAAUGGGCUCCUCUCACUGACCCGGCAGACACAAGGUCAGGGAUCAAGGGAUACAUCAAGGCCACCGUCAGUGUCCUGAUGAAGGGAGAUGCUAUGAGCAUGCCCAGUCUGCCUCCGUCGUCCUCAUCAGAGGACAUAGAAAAAAACCUAAUGCUUCCUCGUGGUAUGCCUGCUGAGCGGCCGUGGGCUCGGUUCCGUAUCCGGAUCUACAGGGCCGAAGGUCUACCCACUAUGGAGGCAGGGUUAAUGGGCAAAAUGUCAAAGGCCACUGACCGGACUGUCUUCAUUGACCCCUACGUUCAAGUGACCUUUGCUGGACAACAGGGGGAGACGUCAGUCGCCAGUGCUACCAGCAGACCGGUUUGGAACGAGGAGAUUUCCUUCAUCGAGCAGUUUCCUCCUUUGGCUCAGCGAAUCCGAAUUCAGGUCCUUGAUGAUGCCAAGAUGGGAGACAUUGCCCUGGCAACACACUUUCUGGACCUGCAACAGAUUUCGGAUCACACCAGGAACGGGUUUAACCCCACCUUUGGUCCAAGUUGGCUCAACCUGUACGGUUCUCCGCAGAACUCUACCCUUGGAGACGUCCACCAGGCUUUGAACGAGGGUCUGGGUGAAGGAAUCUUUUAUCGUGGUCGAAUCCUCCUCGCCCUCUCUGUGGAAGUUUACAAUUCCCCCGCUGCCGGCACUGGGGAUGCCGGCCCGGCUUCCAUAGCAAAGAUGAAAGGAGCCCUCGGAAAACUGGGACUGAAGAAGAAGAAGAAGGCCAGCAAAAAGGACAAGGCAGAAGCGUCUCUGGAUAGCAGUGGAACAGCUGAAGAAUCAGGGGAUGCGGGAGAAGAGGUACCUGAGGCUGUUACUGUGGAGGUUCAGGAGACCCACCCUCUCCCUGAGGGUUUCCUGGGAGACAAUGUGGAGUUUCUGCUGUUUGCAUCUUUGUUUGAAGUUACUAUGAUAGACCCUUGUGUAGGAAGCAGACCACUGACCUUUGAGCUCUCCAUAGGGAAUUAUGGGAAGGCAGUGAGGGUUGGGAGAUCCACGAAGGGCCAGACAAAGGAGGAGCUGAGAAGGAGCAGGGAGGAUCUGAGUGAAGAGACGGAGAGUCUGCUGGAGUGGGAGGAGGAGCAGUACAAAGAGGAGGUGCUGAGUUUUGAACCUGAAAACAGAUCUUUGACUGCACCCAUGAAACCCCAGCCCACUGAGUACGACAGGUCAUACCAGUGUCUUCCUCUCCAGCCACCCAUCACAAAAGAGAAGCCUUGCCUGUUUGUCUGGAGUCAGUUUGAAGAUCACAGCUUUCGUCUCUAUCAGUCUAAUUGGCUCAACAAGAUGGCCGACAGGCUGGAGAAGGGUCUUGAUGAGGUGGACCGUCUCCUGAGGAGGCCAAAGAGUAAAGUAAAGGAACGUUUGGUGGAGGUGCUGCUCGAGUUGGUGGCCUCCUGCAAACAAUUCACUGGAUUCGCAUUCAGGAAGUCUCAGGCUCGUCCCAACAACCUGGACAAAUGCAGGAGGGAGUUUAUCAAAAAGAAUUUGGUCCUGCUGGCCAGGCGGGCAGUGAGGGCCAGACGGAGGACCACCAGGCGAACAGUCAAACAGCGACUGAUAGACAGCAGGAAAUUCCUGAAGAGACUCCGCCAGCUGGCUAAAGAGCCCCAGAGUACCAUCCCAGAUGUGUUUCUGUGGUUACUGAGUGGAAGGAACCGAUUGGCUUACGUCAGGAUUCCAGCCUACUCCAUUCUGUACUCAGUUGUGGAGGAGCAGAAGGGGAGGGACUGUGGUCGAAUCCUCACCCUCUACAUGAAGUCUCCUGUAGGUGCAGCAAGAGAGAUAUUUGCGAAGCUGGAGGUCUACAUGUGGCUCGGUCUGGCCAAGUACAGUAAAGAGGCCACCAACUCCUUGCCAGAGGAGUUUCUGCCGGUCUUUGAGGAGGAGGAGGAGAAGCAACAAAGGCUGGUCAGCAAAGAGAGGGUGAAGCUUCCUCUCAGUGUGACCUGUCAUGACAGCAGGUACUUCCAGCUACGAUGUCACAUGUACCAGGGGCGUGGCAUGAUAGCUGCUGAUGAUGAUGGCCUGUCAGAUCCCUAUGCCAAGGUCGUCUUCACUACACACUGCCAGGUCACCAGGAUUUUGCAUGACACUCUCUCCCCAGCAUGGUGCGAGUGUUUGUUGUUUGACAUUGUCCUGCUGGAGGGUACAAUGGAGGAGCUCCAACGAGACCCACCCCUCAUCAUCAUCAACUUUUAUGACCACAAUGCUGUGGGUGGUUCGAAGCCUCUGGGUCGGGCAUUUGCUGAGCCAGAUUUUAAACCUGCAGACCAGGUCUACCAGAAGCCCCACCUUCGUUUCUAUGACAUAAACAUGGGCAGGGCCACCGCUGGCGAGCUACUAGCUGCUUUCGAGCUCAUUGAGCUGGACUACUCGGGGUUUCGAGAGCCAUGUCUCCCCAGGAGUGUGGACCCUCAAGAGCUGACCUUCAUAGAAGAGGACAGAUAUUAUACCAUCCCAGACGGAGUCCGACCUGUCAUGAGGACGUUCAGAAUUGAGGUGCUGUUCUGGGGUCUGCGGGACCUGAAGCGGGUGCAGCUGUUUGAGGUGGAGCACCCCCAGGUGAAAGUGGAAUGUGCAGGACGACAGCUGGAGUCUGAAGAGAUUGAGAGCUACAAGGCUCACCCCAACUUCAAAGAGCUAGUCCGCUACAUCGAUGUGGAUCUCCCAGAGCAGGCCUACCUCCACCCACCUCUGACAUUAUUUGUGGUGGAGCAACGGGCAUUUGGUCGGCUCGCUUUGGUUGGGACCCAUGUGGUCCAGAGCCUCAUGGACUAUGGCCGAGACCACAGCAUGGAGGAGGGAGAAGAAGAGGAGGAGCCAAAACCAAAAGUGAAACAGGCUGCAGCGAAGGUCACUCCUCUGGGGACAAUGAAGCAAAUGAAACUCACCACCCUCCCAAUCAAAAAGUCAAAGAUUCCCAACCCCAUGAAGCUGAUUAAGGCUCCCCUGGCUCCCCUAAAGAAGAUAAAGUUUAAAGAAGAAGAGCUGGAGGAGGACGUGCCUGAGAAGGAGGAAUUGGACUGGUGGUCCAAAUAUUAUGCCUCACUGGAGGAAAUGGAGAAACAGGCAGCUGAGGAGGAGGAGAAUGAGGAACACGCAGAAGCAGAUGGAGCAAAUCUGACCAUGGCAAACAUUGAAGAGGAGGAGGACGAAAUUGUGGUGGAGCCUGAACCUCCUAAACGCAAGAAGAUCGCCACACUAAAGCUGUAUCCAAGUGACCUGGAGUCUGAGUUCAGACAGUUUCAGGACUGGCUGAAAGUCUUUCCACUUUAUAAAGGCAAAGCGAGUGUUGAGGACGAGGACGAGGAUGAGGAUGAUAGGCUGAUGGGAAAGUACAAGGGCUCUUUCCUAGUUUAUCCACUUGAUCCAGGAGACGAAGAAGACACCAACUGUCAGAUCACAGAGGGAAUCCCCAAAAACUCACCAAUCAAAAUCUUAGUCAGAGUCUACAUCGUCAAGGCCACCAGUCUGGCUCCCACAGACCCAAAUGGUAAAGCCGACCCUUACCUGGUGUUACGAGUUGGAGAGCAGAGUCUAGACACCAAAGACCGAUACAUCCCCAAACAGCUUAACCCUGUAUUUGGAGAGGUGUUUGAUUUCACGGUGUCCUUCCCACUGGAAACAGAGCUGGUUAUCACAGUGCUGGACCACGAUUUUGUGGGUGCUGAUGAUGUUAUUGGUGACACGCGCAUUGACCUGGAGAACCGGUUCUAUAGCCGCCACGGAGCCUGUUGUGGUCUGGGUCUUUACUACGACACUGACGGUUACAAUAAGUGGCGUGAUUCAAAGAAGCCAUCGACUAUCUUGGCAGAGCUCUGCAGGAAGAACGGCAUAUCGUCUCCAGAGUACCGAACAUCUCAGGUCAAAGUCCUCAACAAGAUCUUCAAGAUCCCACCUGAUGCAGUACCUGAAGCUCUGUUGAAGAAGAACCAACGAACCCCAGAGGAGGAGGAAGAGAUGGAGCAGCAUGUAGCCCUGAGCGUGCUGCACCGCUGGGGGGAGAUGAAGGAGUUCCUCCCUGGAGCCCUCCCUCAGGUCCCUGAGCACGUGGAGAUCCGGUCCCUGAUGAAUACUGACAAACCUGGAAUGCCACAGGGUUACCUUCAUAUGUGGGUGGACAUAUUUCCUACUGAUGUCCCUGCUCCACCCCCUGUUGACAUAAAGCCUCGCCUACCUGAACAGUAUGAGCUGCGUGUGAUCAUCUGGAACACGGAUGAUGUGUUUCUGGAUGAUGUCAACCCGUUCACAGGCGAACCAUCAUCUGACAUCUACGUUAAAGGCUGGAUCAAGGGACUGGAGGGAGACAAACAGGAGACUGAUGUCCACUUCAACUCUCUGACUGGAGAAGGAAACUUCAACUGGAGAUUUGUGUUCCGCUUUGACUACCUUCCUACUGAGAAAGAGGUGGUGUAUAAGAAGAAGGAGUCCAUCUUCUCUCUGGAUGAAUCAGAAUUUCGACAGCCGGCUGUUCUGGCGCUGCAGAUCUGGGACUACGAUCGCAUCGGCGCCAAUGACUUCCUGGGUGCCAUAGAGCUGCGUCUCAGUGACAUGGUACGAGCUGCCAAAUCAGCCAACAAGUGUUCUAUUGACAUGGCGAAGGAUCGGGCCGGCCCUCGAUUCUCUAUCUUUCGCGCCAAGAAGAUGAAGGGCUGGUGGCCAAUGACCCGCCUGAAAACAGCCGAGGACUUUGAGAGGGAGGAGAAGGAGAAGGAGGAAGCCAAGAAGAAGGGAAGCAAGAAGAAGAAGAAGAAGGACAAGAGCAAGAGGAGCAAGCUGAAGCCGGAGGAAAUCCAGUACACUGACAGCACCGGAAACACUCAUCUGCUAAUGGGGAAGGUGGAGGCCGAGCUUCAGCUGGUGACACUGGAGCAGGCGGAGGCCAACCCUGUGGGCCGGGCGCGCAAGGAGCCAGAGCCUCUCGACAAACCAAAUCGUCCUACGACCAGCUUCUCCUGGUUUGUCAACCCAAUGAAGACCUUUGUCUUCCUCAUCUGGAAGAAGUACAAGAAGUUCAUCAUUGCCUUUGUCAUCCUCGCCAUCCUAACAAUCUUUCUCGUCCUCAUCCUCUACACGAUGCCGCAGCAAAUCUCCUCUCUCAUCAUCAAAGGAUGAAGAAACCUGUGCAGAGUCUUCAUCAUCUCCUGCUGGAUAUCCCACACUGUCUCAGGUUUCUGAUCCUGACCUGGUCUAGUUCACAAACUGACUGAAGUCAUUAUUUACUUCUCAGUCUGAUUUCGGUGGAACUUGAACAGUAAAAUGGUAAAUUUAACAGUGACUGCACUAUAUUACCCAGAAUCCUUGUUAAUAUAAGCACUACCUGGGAGAUUGGAGGAAUAAUCAGAUCUGUUUUACUGUUGAAUUCAUCCAACACCAGAGGAAAUUACUUUAUCUGUUAGGUGUCUGCAGAUUUAACUCUAUAUAUUUAUAUUGUGUAAAUUAAAAAUUGGUUGACUCUAAAACUGUUGCAGAACUGGGCAGAUAGCACAAAUCUGAGUGGCUACGUUCACACAUUUUCUAGAUAGAAACAUAACUACUGUAUAUAAAUCUAAUUUCAUUGAUGAAAUUUAUAGAUGGGUGACAAAUGAAAGGAAAACUGUGACUAAG